UCAGAACAAAAUGUGAUGUUUUCAGGCUUUUUAACUGUUAGGGUUGAGACUAAAUCAUGGUCUUAUGUUUUUCAGUUAUACAGAUAUACUGUUUUUAUAGACCUCUUAAAGCCAUCUGUAGAUGGGAUUUAUAAUGACGAGGUUAUUCGCUAAAGCCCAGGGAAGAGUGCUCCGGGUUUGGAUAGAUCUGGUGAGCGCGGAGCCCACUCCCUGCACAGCACACCAAAUACGCAUAACCUUCAUACCCAUGCUUUACCAAUUUCUCCAUACAACUGAGCUGUUUAUCUGCGAAGGCGAACUCGUGGUCAGGUCUGUUCCACCACACCACACAGUGAAGCUCAGUGAAGCCAUGAAUGAAGUUGAGGAGAAACAUCAGGGUCAGAAUCCUCAGAGUAUUGUAAAGCUAGAAAUGUCUUCUAGUAGUUUGCAGAAGAACAAGAUUUUCCCUCCAAAAAUGAAACAAAAAACAGAAGAAGGUGGACAUGCCUGCGCUCAGUGUGGAAAAUGUUUCAAAUACAAAUGUCUUCUUCAGAGACACAUGAGAAUUCACAGUGAAGAGCGCCCAUACACGUGUCCUCAGUGUGAAAAGAGAUUCAAACGCAAAUCAACGCUUGAGAAGCACAUUAGAAUUCACACAGGAGUGCGUCAGUACACAUGUCCUCAGUGUGGAAAGAGUUUCAAACGCAAAUCAACUCUUUAUGAGCACAUGAAAAUUCACAGUGAAGAGCGACCAUAUGCAUGUCCUCAGUGUGAAAAGAGUUUCAACCGCAAAUCAACGCUUAAGGACCAUGUGAGAAUUCAUACUGGAGAGCGCCCAUACACCUGUCCACAGUGUGAAAAGAGUUUCACACAGAAAUCAACACUUGAUGAGCACAUGAAAAUUCACACUGGAGAGCGACCAUACACGUGUCCUCAGUGUGGAAAGAGUUUCAUCCGCAAAUCAACGCUUGAUGACCACGUGAGAAAUCACACUGGAGAGCUACCAUACGCAUGUCCUCAGUGUGGAAAGAGUUUCUACCGCAAAUCAACACUUGAGCACCAUGUGGGAAUUCACACUGGAGAGCGACCAUAG